AUGCAGUUUCUUUCCGUGGCUGCGCUCCUGGCGGCGCUGGGCACGGCGACGGGCCUGCCAAACUCCAACUUCAACGUCACGCCCGAGUACGCGGCCGCGCAUGGCUGCGGCUCCAAGUGUCAGCAGAUACUGCGUCUCGGCAACGCGGCGGACCUAGAUGCCGUCGGGCACGACUUCGCGUUUGACUUCUUCGCGACGGCGGGCAACUUUUCCGAGGCGACGCGGCCGGGCGACGUGCUCAAGGUGCAGGUCCUGGAUGGGCGGACGCUCAACGUCGACUCGGGCACGACCGUGUUCCGGAUCCAGUACGCGACCAGGGACCUGGAUGGUAGGACGGUGCCGGCGACGGGGCUCGUUGCGUUCCCGUUCACGCCGGACUUUGCGUAUGCGCACAACGGCACGGCGCGGUAUCGGCUCGCCGCGUUUGCGCACGGCACCAUCGGCCUGUUUGCCGGGUGCGCGCCGUCCAACAGUCCCGAUCUGUACGACUACAGUACGUGGCAGGCGGCGGUGCAGAGGGGGUACGCCGUCGUCGCGACCGACUACGCUGGGCUCGGCAACAACUACACGACGCACAAGUACCUGACGCUGCCGGCGCAUGUACACGACGUUUACUACUCGGUCGUGGCGGCACGCAAGCUGUUUGGCCGUGUGCUGACGAGGGAGUGGGUGUCGUUUGGGCACUCACAAGGCGGCGGCGCCGUGUGGAAGCUCGCCGAGAGCGAGUAUGUUCGCAACGACACUGAUUAUCUGGGCACCGUGGCCAUGGCGCCGGCCACCUACAUCAUCGACAUGUUGCGCGGGCCUGGCGUCGACUUUACGGGGUACUUGUCCUUUCUGCCGUUUGCGGCCAAGAGGGCGCUGCCGGGGUACCAGCCGGCGUUUCUGAGCGAUGUGAUGAGCAGGCGCCUCGAGUUGGCGGAGACGGCCCAGCUGUGCAUCAGCGGCAUGCUGGGCCUGACCCUGGACCUGGACAAGGAACAGCUCUUCUCGGCGGCAGGGCUGGCCAAGGACAUGGAAACGCUGGAGGCGUGGCAGAGGAUGCUGGCGCCCGCGCAGGGGGACAGGUCGCCUGCGCCGGUGCUGGUGGUGCAGGGCCUCAACGACACCUCGGUGCUGGCGCCUACCACGGAGGCCGCCUGGAGGAAUGCCUGUCGGUACGGCAACGAGGUGCACCUGAGGAGGUAUCGGGGCCAGGACCACUCGCCGCUCAUGCAGGCUUCGGCUCCCGAGUGGCUGGCCUGGAUGGACGACCUGUUCGCGAGCAGGAGGGACGGCCGUAGUCGGCGUGCGCGUCGCUGCACCGCGGAGACGAGGACCCCGUUUAGCCCCGAGUUUGUGAAGCAGCCGCCCGAGGCCGGCGAUGAGUUGAUGGCCGUCUUGGAGGGUAUACUGAGUGAGUAG